GGCGUCGUAUAUGACCAAGGUAGAUACAGAAGCGACGACGAACAGCUCAGAUGUACACAGAUUAGGUGGCAGAAGGUGCUGCAGCAAGGAGAGAGCUACGGCGGCACAAAAGGAAGGAGGGGGACGGGGAGGUCACAGCAAAAAGAAGAAGGCGGGGUGGCGGCGAGAGGAGCCUUUAAAUCAGUCGCAGUGAGUGCGAAGGCAGGCGCGUCAUGGCGGGAUUUUCCGCAUUCACUUUCACUCCAUGCCAAGGCUAAAGCCUUUGCUAGUCUUGCCGUCCAAGUGCCUAGGGGAUCGCCAGUAGUGAUGGCAAGGAUCAUUGUUGCAUUGACUAUACAGUUGUUCUCUGGAGUGGCUAGGUGCAGUAAUUGA